AUGGUCUUCCAAGUUCGCGGGACGCCCAUCGGCGCCCUCACCAUCUUCAUCGCGGCUCUGGCCUCGAUGGGUGGUUUCCUCUUCGGUUGGGACACUGGUCAAAUCUCUGGUCUUCUCGAGAUGGAGGACUUUAAACGUCGCUUUGCAACUGUCGAUGACCCCUCCGCCGUUGGCGGCAAGGAUUGGAACCCCUGGCUUGAGGGUGUGGUUGUCUCCCUGCUCAGCGUUGGAACCGCAAUUGGCGUGCUCAUUGGCGCUCCCCUUGCCGACAAACUCGGUCGUCGUUGGGCCAUGGUCGUAGAGUGCAUCGUCUUCGACAUUGGCGUCAUCAUCCAGGUCACCUCCUUCCUCUCUUGGGAACAGGUCGCCAUCGGCAGAUUGGUGACCGGAUUGGGAGUUGGAGCCCUCUCUGCCGCGGUUCCACUGUACCAAAGUGAAACUGUACCACGACAAGUACGAGGAGCGUUGGUUGGAACAUACCAGCUCUUUAUCACCUUCGGGAUUUUGCUCGCGUACUGUACAAACAUCGGCACGAGAGGCUACAACAACUCAGCUCAAUGGCGCGUCCCCAUCGCCCUCGGCAUCUUCUUCUCCUCGAUCCUCGCUGUCGGCAUUCUGUUCUGCCCCGAGUCUCCCCGAUGGCUCGCCGCACGAGGCCGCAACGAAGAAGCCUACAAGUCCUGUGCAGCCGUGCGAGGCGCAAAGUACGGCGACAACAACCCCUGGGUCGAGGCCGAGUACCGGGACAUCAUCUCGGUCGUCAAAGCCGACGAGAAGAUCAAGGAAGCUGGUUGGAUCGACUGCUUCAAGCCUCGCAACAAGACGCUCUACCGUACGCUCCUCGGUAUGACCCUCCAGGCCGGUCAGCAGUUUACAGGUGCCAACUACUUUUUCUACUUUGGUACGGCCAUCUUCACGCAAGUUGGUCUCAACGACUCCUUCGUGACGCAGAUCAUCCUCGGUGCCGUCAACUUUGCCUGCACAUUCCUCGGACUUUACAUCCUCGAGCGAUUCGGUCGUAGGUGGCCGCUCAUCUACGGUGCCGCUUGGCAAUCGUUCUGGCUGUUCGUCUUCGCCAUUGCCGGUGUGGUGGGUGGUCCGAGGCCGGAGCAGAUCUCGCAGGGCGUGGGCAAGUUGCUCAUCGUCUCGGCGUGCAUGUUCAUCUUGGGUUACGCAAGCACCUGGGCGCCCGGUAUUUGGAUCUGGAUCGGUGAGAGCUUCAGCUACCGCACCCGCGCUAAGCAGGCUUCGCUCGCAACACUCGCCAACUGGGUGUCCAACUUCCUCAUCUCCUACUUCUCCUCGCCCAUCGCCAACGACAUCUACUUCUCCUACGGCUUCGUCUUUGCCGGCUGCAACUUGGCCAACUGCAUCAUUGCGUUUUUCUUCGUCUACGAGUCGGCGGAUCUGACGCUCGAAGACGUCGAUGCCAUGUACAACGAUCCCAACUGCAAGGCGUGGAACUCGACCAAGUGGGUGCCUGCUGGCUACACAUCGAGGGACCAGAUCAAGGAGAAGGAGUCCGGUCAGGGAAGCGAGGUCGGCGAGUGGAACUCGUCCCCCUCGGCUCUGCCGGACGAGCAGGAGAAGAACAAGACCAACCCUCUGCAGGUGGCCUAA